UCGUUUUCUUUGGUCUCUCUCCCGAGAUCAUCGCGGGCGUUGGACCCUCGCCCAAGGGAUUCGGAGGUCGUCGACGGCCAUGGAUCCCGGGAGCCUUGCCCUCAUCUUCCGCGGCGCGUUCAGCGUCAACCCCCAGCAGCGCAGCGCCGCUGAGAAGAGCCUCAGUCAGAUGUUUAAAUUUAUGCAGUUCCAGUGCACACCACAGCAUUUAGUGAUAGUAUUGAAGAUCAUUGUUGGCUCAGACUAUGAUAUGACCACUCGACAGUUGGCCAGCAUUUAUUUCAAAAAUUUUGUGGCGAAGAAUUGGCCAUCUGGUACACCUGGUGUCCUGCAGAAGAUACCAGAAAAUGAUAAGGGUUUUGUCCGGGAUAACAUCCUUGGUUUUAUUCUUCAGGUUCCUCCAUUAUUGAGAACACAGCUUGUCGAAUCUCUUGAAACUAUCAUCAAUGCUGAUUAUCCAGAAAAUUGGCCAAGACUUCUUUGUGGGAUAAAAGAAUGCUUGCAAUUGCAGAGUCAUCAAGCCUGUGGAGCAUUUCAUGUGCUGAGGAUUCUCUCUAGGAAAUAUGAGGUCAAGUGUGAUGAAGAACGAGUGCCUCUUGUUCUCAUUAUUGACGAGACAUUUCCUCUGUUAUUGAGUAAAUUGUACACACUUGUCCAGGUAGUGAAGCCCUCAAUUGAAGUUGCUGAUUUGAUAAGGUUUAUAUGCAAGAUAUUCUGGUCGUCAACAUAUUUGGAGUUUCCAAAUCAUCUCCAUGAUCCAAAUAUCUUUAAUGCCUGGGUGUUUCUAUUAUUGAAUGUUUUGGAAAGACCUGUUCCUUUGGAUGGUGAACCAACUGAUCCAGAGCAAAGGAAAUCUUGGGGGUGGUGGAAAGUUAAGAAAUGGACUAUUCGCAUCCUAAACCGUUUAUAUACUCGGUUUGGUGACACAAAACUUCAAAAACCUAAAAACAAGGUGCUUGUUCAAAUGUUUCGGCACAACUAUGCUGAGAAAAUUUUUAAGUACUACUUACGUUUGCUCAAUGCUGUUCGUGUUGGUGAAUACUUACCUGAUAGAGUUACCAAUCUCAGCCUUCAAUAUCUCACUAGCAGUAUUGAGAGUAACAAAAUGUACGGGUUGCUGCAACCACAACUUGACAUUAUUCUCUUUGAGAUAAUCUAUCCACUGAUAUGCUUCAAUGACAAUGAUGCACAAUUAUGGGAUGAAGAUCCUCAUGAGUAUGUGAGGAAGUGUCACGACUUUAAGGAAGAUUUUUUCAGUCCCAGAGGUGCUGCCAUUGGUUUUCUGAUUGAACUUUUGAGAUUACGUGGAAAGGGAAAUCUUGAGAAGUUAAUUCAGUUUAUUACAGAGAUUUUUCGGAGAUAUGAUGAGGCUUCUAUUGAGACGAAACCAUAUUGCCAAAAAGAUGGUGCUCUUUUUGUUAUUGGAUUGUUAUGUGGCAAACUAAAGCAAACUGAACCUUAUAAGUCAGAACUUGAGCCUAUGUUAGUGCAACACGUCUUCCCAGAAUUUGCAAGUCAUCUCGGACAUCUCAGAGGAAAGGCUGCAUGGGUUGCUGGGCAGUAUGCUGAUAUUAAGUUUUCAGAUCAGAACAAUUUUCGUAAAGCAUUCCACUGUGUUGUUUUCGGGUUAAAUGAUCCUGAGCUCCCUGUGCGCGUUGACUCGGUCUUUGCAUUGCAAUUUUUCAUUGAAGCAUGCAAAGAGCUUAAUGAAAUCCUCCCAAUCCUUCCUCAAUUACUUGAUGAGAUUUUUAAACUUAUGAAUGAUGUGGAAAAUGAAGACCUGGUGCUUUGUCUUGAGACAAUUUUUGUCAAAUUUGGUGAAGAGAUGGCUCCAUACGCUGUUGGCUUGUGCCAGAAUCUGAGUUCUGUGUGUUGGAGGUGCUUAGAGAAAUCUAAAGCAGAUGGUCCAGGUUCUCUGGGAGCACUUGGUUGUUUGCGUGCCAUAAGCGUCAUUCUUGAAUCAAUUAACAUGCUUCCCCAUCUUUUUGUCCAAAUUGAGCCCAUUCUGUUACCUAUGCUGCAAAAGAUGCUGACAAAUGACUGCCAAGAUGUUUUUGAGGAAGUUUUGGAAAUUGUGUCCUUAUUGACUGCUUUUUCACCAAUAAUUUCUUUGGAGUUAUGGAGCCUUUGGCCUAUGAUGGUGGAAGCUCUUAGAGAUUGGGCAAUGGAUUUCUUUGGAGAUGCUCUUGUUCCAUUAAACAAUUAUAUAUCGAGGAGUUCAGAACAUUUUCUUACAUGUAGAGGUCCCGACUAUCAGCUAAGUCUAUGGAGCAUACUUUCAUCUACUAUGUUAGACAAUAGCCUCCCAGAUGGGUUUGCUGAGUCAGCACCUAAGCUUAUACAAGUAGUAUUCCAAAAUUGCAAAGGUCAAGUGGAUCAGUGGGUGGAACCAUAUCUCAUGAUUACAAUUGCACGAUUGCGACAGACAAGGAAGCCCUAUUUGAAGUGUCUCUUGAUACAAGUGAUAGCUGGUGCACUUUACUAUGAUGCCUCACUGACACUAACGACAUUACAAAAGCACAACGUGGCGACAGAGGUUUUCAAUCUCUGGUUCCAGAUGUUACAAGUAAAAAGUAGUGGUGUUCACUCAAAUUUCAGAAGAAAACGUGAAAAGAAGGUUUGCUGCUUGGGUUUGACCUCAAUCCUUGCACUGUCUGAGGCUUGGUUAUCAGAAGAAGCUUUUGGUGUGGUCUUAAAAGCAAUAAUUGAACUGCUUGUCACCUACAAGGAUCAAGUUGCAGAAUCCAAGAAAGAGCCUCAUGAUGAUGAUGAUGAUGAUGAUAUGGAUGAAGCUCAAACUGAUGAGGAUGAGAAUAGUAAGUUUGAUCAUGAAAUUGAACGUGAUGGUCAGGAUGAUGGAGAGAGUAUCAGAUUUCAAAAUUUAGCAGCAAAGUCGGAGGCCUUCAGAGCAGAUGAUGAGGAUGAUGAUUACAGUGAUGAUGAAGAGUUGCAAUCGCCAAUUGAUGCGGUGGACCCUUUUAUAUUCCUUGUGGAAACUGUCCAAGGUAUGACAGCAUCAAAUCCAUCAAGAUUUCAGCACCUGGUGCAAACCUUGGACUUUAGCACUCAGUCACACGCAACUGGCAUACUUCAACAUGCUGAACAGAGAAGGUUGGAGAUUGAAAAAGAAAAGCUGGAGAAGGCAACAACAAUGACGGGUUGAUUUAAAGGUUGGCAUUCCAGGUCCAUUGCAUACUUGAUGCUCUUGUUGGUUAUUUUUAAAUGGAGGGUAUGAUGGUAUACAACCAUGAACGAAGAAAAAAAUGUAAGAGAACAAAAUAUAAAAUGAAGCUGUAAUUAAAAAAUGAAUGGCUGACGUACUUGUUGCUACUUUAUACUGCUUUAUUUGUAGAAAGAAAAAUUACAAAAGUAGUAAAUCAUGUUCUGAUUAUUUGCUAACAAUUUAAACGUAAUUGAAAAAUGAAUGGCUAAUGUAAUU